AUGACUAGCACAGAAGUCCAACAACAAAACACCACUCAGUUUCAGAUCAGACGGGCCGUUCCUCCUAAUCACCGCCAUCCAGGUUUCUCCAUUGUUGCCCAUGUGAGCAUUGAAGUCCCCCAGGAGAACUAUAUAGUCCCUGGUUGGCGCCCUUUCCAGGACGCCAGCCAGAGACUCCCUCUCGUUCACCGGGGACAACUCCAACACAACGCCACUCAGCUGUGGCUUGUGAGUAACCCCACACCCGCCCGGCGCCUCCCACCCUGGGCAACUCCGGAAAAGGCGAGAGUCCAGCCCCUCUCCAGGAGUGUGGUUUCAGAACCAGAGCUAUAUGUAGUUGGAAUUUGUUGCAAAUAUUAUCUCAGUAUUAAUGAUCAUUUAUGCAUGGAACUUAAAUCAUUUAUCAACAGGUCUGAUGAUUUCGGUAAUGAAUCAGCAAAUGUAUCUGGCAUGACAGCAGUUACAACUUCAUAUUUAUUGUGUAUUUUUGUUGGCUGUUUAUCAGUUCUUAUAAUAUGUGGAAACCUUCUUGUAAUAAUCUCCAUCAUUUACUUCCAACAGCUCCACACUCCUACAAACUAUCUGAUCCUCUCUCUGGCUGUGGCUGACCUGCUUGUUGGGGUUUUAGUUUUACCUUUUAGUGUUACACUGGCUGUAUGCUCAUGUUGUUAUUUUGACUUACUCUGUAAGGUACGAGGCAUCUUGGACAUGUUUCUGUGCACAUGUUCUAUUUUGAAUUUAUGUUGUAUAUCUGUUGACAGAUAUUACGCAGUGUGUCAGCCUCUGAGGUACAGAAGUAAAAUAAAUGUCCAUGUUAUUGUGAUCAUGAUCCUGGUGAGCUGGACUGUUUCUGCAAUAUUUGGAAUUGGAAACAUGAUUCAGGGAAUGAACCAAGGCCAAUCUAACAGGUGUGGUUUAUUUCAACAUACAAUAAAGCGUACUGCAUUUAUGGGAACAAUUUUUACCUUUUACCUCUCAGCUAUCGUAAUGUUCUCCAUCUACCUAAAGAUUUUUAUGGUGGCGCAGAGACAGGCACGCAGCAUCCAGAACACAACCUGUCAAAACAAAAAGUCUGGAGCAACUGUCAGCAAGAUGGAGAAAAAGGCCACUAAAACUCUGGCUAUUGUGAUGGGAAUAUUUCUAAUCUGUUGGACUCCUUUCUUUCUUUGUAUCUCCUCUUACCUUCUGAACAAUGACACAAUACCAAUUCCUGUGAUUAACCUUUUAAAGUGGUUUGGAUGGUCAAAUUCAAUGCUCAAUCCAUUUGUCUGUGGUUUCUUUUACACCUGGUUUCGAAAAGCUUUCAGAAUGAUCAUUUCUGGCAAAAUAUUUCAAGGUGAUUUUACUAAGUAUAAGCUCCUUUGA